CUCUUUACGUUGUACUCCGGAAGGGUUUCUUGGAGCCAACCCGCAUGUUCUCGCUGCUUCCUGUGCUACUGUAAGAGACAACUCGGGAAUCCACGGCUUACUCAACAAAAAUAUUAGUUUGAAAUAAAAUCAGCAUCGCAGAACAGCAGAAAUGAGUCUCCUCAACAAGCCCAAGUCUGAGAUGAACCCCGAGGAGCUGCAGAAGCGGGAGGAGGAGGAGUUCAACACGGGCCCGCUGUCUGUGCUCACGCAGUCCGUCAAGAACAACACGCAGGUCCUCAUCAACUGUCGCAACAACAAGAAGCUGCUGGGGCGUGUCAAGGCCUUCGACAGACACUGCAACAUGGUCCUGGAGAAUGUGAAGGAGAUGUGGACCGAGGUGCCCAAGAGCGGGAAGGGCAAGAAGAAAUCCAAGCCGGUCAACAAGGACCGCUACAUCUCCAAGAUGUUCCUGAGAGGAGACUCUGUGAUCGUGGUGCUGAGGAACCCGCUCAUCACAGGGAAAUAACACGUCACACGCCACAUCCCCUCACCCCCUUCCCCCUCCCUCUCCCACAGCCGCACAAACCUGCAGGGUUACAGCAAUGGAAAUACGACUCCUAUUGCAGAGCAGUUUUGUAUUAUUUAGUCAUUUAGCAGACGCUUUUAUCCAAGACUAGGGGGUGAACUGUGCAUCACAGCUGCUGCUGCUGCAGAGUCACUUACAAUAGGACCUGGGUUUUACUAUCCACUUGAUUAGCUCCACUCCCAGUAAAACCAGGAGUGGAUUAAACUGUUAUGCAAUGGGAGUCUUUCUUCCAUCCCUGUGAUAGUUUCUACCCCUGAUUCAGACUGAGCUGUCUUAAAUAACCUGCAUGCUGACCCCCAGGUGAGGGGCUGUAGAACUGAUUGGAAGAAUUCACUGCUGCUCCCUUUUCUGCUGCUCUCCACAGACUCUUUCUCGACAAUACAAACCAGGUCAUCGCCAAUCACUAUUUCAACACGUUAUGUGUGUUUGUGUUGGGGGGCAGCUUUGUGGAGAGCAGCAGUCCACACACACUGAAGCAGCUGUUUCAAUGGGAGUGGUAAGCACAGACAACAGCAUCGCCCCUGUCCUGGGUGUCGGGAGGAAGCUCAGCCUGAGUGAUCGGUUUGUCUUCGCGUGGUUCACAGGGUGCGGCUAUUUUAAAUGCUCCAAUGUGGAUGUAGUUGUUUCCUGUUAGUUCAUUUAACAUUAAGCUUUUUUUUUCUUUCUUUAAAUGCCUUUGUGAAUAGAUCCUGCGCUCCGUUUCCAGAGCAGUGUGAGCCCUGAUUAUCACACAUUUUGAAAUCUCUCCUUUUCAGCAGGUCUGUUUCAGUGUGUGUUCCGAUGUGUGAGAAUCUCAUUUUCACCCUGAUGUGUAUUCCUGAAAUGCAGCUUUCCUCCUGGUUCCUAUCCCUGGGUGCUGUGCAUUUACACAACACGUUUUAUAGAGCGUAUACCAACUGCAGAAACGGGCACUAGAUUGUAUUGAUCACAUUGUAAUGCACUCAAAACCGUAAUCUUUGGACACGGCACUGCUCCAGACAGCACUCAGACCUGUGUGUGUUAAGUGUUCUAGAAACCCAGUCCUGUAUUGAAUGAAUGCCUCACACCCUGCCAGAGGCAGUGUUUGUGAGGGGAACAUUCAAACAUCCUACAACACAGGCUCUACUGGCAAAGGGGUUCCCAGUACCUCCAUAGUGUCUGUCUGGUUUGUGAUGAGCACAGACCCACUGUGCACACACCUCUGGUUAUUCCCAGCAUUAGAAAGGGUUCCCUUUCAAUUCUGUUGGGUUCGUUUUGCACUGGAUAGUGUCUUAAACUGCCCUGCAGAAGAAUACCUGCCUGCCUGCAUGCCUGGGGGUGAAUUGGCCUGAAUGCAUUUUCCAAAAUUCCUUCAGACUUUUUUUAAGCUCAAUACCUGUGAAUGAUUGCUUGUUUUUUUAUUGUUCAAUUUUGUACAACAGAAAAAAAAAAGCUAAACUAUACGCAAUACCUCACCAGAUGUUUGUGGAUUGUUUUUCCUGUGUGCAGAGGGACUGCUGUCACACAGGUUAUUAAUCUGUUUUAUUGGAGGGAAUGUUUUGGAGGCAGGACGAGAGAGAGAAGUUAUAAAGGUGCUUUUAUUUUUGAAGCAGGAAGUAUAGAUUUUUAUCACUAGUUUGAUAUCUGAUAUGUGGUGUCUGGAUCCAGCCUUCCAUGCAACAGCUUUCAUGGUAGCUGCAGGUAGAGUCUAACGUGUUUCCAUUAAGGAGAGGGGGUGAGGGGGAUGGUGGUAAAACCUAUUGCAGUGGAAUUUGUUUUUUUAAACUGUGAGUGACAUGUAUUUCAAUGUUGAAACCGUCAGUUUUGGCUUUUUGGUUUUUCUAAUAAAAAAAAUGGACUCAA